AUGGCACAUAGGUCUUCUAGGAACAUAUCACUGUGCUUGCAGGUACCAGGUAGGUCAGAGACAGUCUGGAACAUAGGUCUCUUAGGAACAUAUCCCCGUGCUUGCAGCGACCAGGUACAGGUACCAGUCGCCAGUUCCUGGCCGGUCUUGGGGCAGAAUUUGCCACAGUUUGCCAAUGUGUCAGAAAUUGCGUGUGCAGGCUCCGAGUGUGGGGGUGCGCGUGCGGGACAGGGUGUCGGUGGACAAGUUGUGCAAAGUGCAGUAGCUGUCAACAUCCAGCCUGGGCAGAGAAGGCUCAGACCCGUCCUCCCUCUCCCUCCCCAGCCCAGCAGGCAGAGGACCCAAGGAACCAGACAGAUGGCGCUUGGCAGCCAGAGACCCUCGGGUCAGGAGUUGGUGACCUUCAAGGAUGUAAUGGUGGACUUCACUGAGGAGGAAUGGGGGCUUUUGGAUCCUUCUCAGAAGGAGCUGUACAAGGAAGUCAUGCUGGAGAAUGUCCAGAAUCUCCUGUCGCUGGGUAAGGACCAUUUUCUGUCUUUUCUUGAGUUUUAGUUGUCAGUCCAAAAAUAGCACUAGCAGGAAAGAAUGGCUGCAUAUUCUGGUGCAUCUCAGCCUUAGGUGCGAGGUCUUCUGAGUGUUCCAACUCUCCAUCCACUUUGUUCUUGCCUUGUACCUUUUUAAAAUUGAAUCAUUUACUUCCGUUUCAACAGGUGGAGCCAUAGAUGACUCAGAUGAUCAGUGUUCAUUGUGAGGAAAAACAUGAUUUUUGUUUGACUGAUUCUUGAUGUCUCAUUGAAUCAUUCACUUCCAUUUGUUCAGUUCCUUUAGUGAAUUUCUUCCUUCACUUAGCAUUUUUUAUCUCCUUUUGAAUUUGGCAAAUUGAUCUAUUAAAUGAUUGUUCUGUUCAUUGCAUUUUUUUUUCCAUUUCAACCAUUCUAUUUUUUUAGGUAGUUGUUCUCUUUUCCAUUUCACCAGUGCUAUUUUUCAAGGAGGUCUUUUUUCUUUUUCCAUCUUACCAAAUCUAUUUUUAAGAGGAGUUGUUUUCUUGAGACCAUUUCUGUUUAGCCAUUCCUCAAUUAAUGGGCAUCUAUUUAUUUUUCUAUUCUUUGCCACAAAAAAAGAGGUUCUACAAAUAUUUUUGCACAUAUGGGUUUUUUCCCUUAUUUAUGAUUUCUUUGGUAUUCAGACCCACUGGGGUUACUGCUGAAUCACAGGAUAUGCAGAAUUUUAUAUCCCGUUGGGCAUUAGCCAAAUUACUCUCCAGGGUGGGUGGAUUUGGUCACCAGCAGCAUAUUAUCUCCACCAGCAACAUAUUAGCAUCCCACUUUUUCCUCAUCCCUUCCGACAUUGGUCAUUAUCUUUUUCUGUGAUCUGAGAUUUUAUGAUAGGUGUAAGGUGGUAAUAUCCAUGAUCUCCUGAGAGUGCUACGGAAGUGUUCAGCCCAUCUCUCCAGGAUCCUGUUGGUAUCACUAAUCAAUGUGGUUCCAUCAGCACUGAGUAGUUCAGCUUCACCUGAUUAGGUCUUUGGUCCAUAAAUAGUUUUCAGGCAUUGUAAAAGCAGUCAGCAUCAACCUGAAUUUUAUGUGGCCUCUUAGCCCAGAAUUUUGAAUUUCUCUCAAGUUUUGUUUGCACUUAGCUGGUGGGGGACUUAAAUGCUGGCUUUUUCAAUGAUUGAAGUAACUUAUUUGCAGAUUCUGUAGAGUUCUGAGUUUUUGUUUGAUACCAUCUGAAUUUCUCCACCAUUUGCAUCAGACCAAUUUGGAUAUUUUCGAGUGUUCUGUCCCAGAUGAGUAACUGGGGUACGGUAUGAUAAAUCUCUGAAAGUUACCCAUUCCUUUUCAGCUCAGAUGUUGCAAACUAUUGUCUCCAUGUUAGAAACAAAUUUUUCUCCCUUGGAGAAUAACUUUAAUCUGUUGAUAUUGAAUCUGGCUGUUAUCUUGGCCUAUUGCUGCCCCUUUUGUUCAACUCAAGUACUCUGCUGUGCCCAUCUCCUCGGUCACUUUCACAUCCUGUAGGUCUCUUCUCCUUGUAGAGAAAGAAUCUAUUAAGUGCCAGAUUUUGCUACAAGAAUGUAUCCAUGAAAUUUUAUUCUAUUGAGGUUAGUCAGGAGAAGGGCAUGAGCUACCUAAAUCUUAAGUCAUCAUUACUUUUGCUUUUAAUUAUCUGUGUAUUCCUUUUUGUGCCUUUGUGUUUGAUUGUUCAUU